AUGUCGUCCAACACAGACGCUGAGAUCCAAUUGCUCCAGAGCAUCAAGGAGAAGGCUGCAGCCGCCGGAACGCAGAACUCAGCUGCUUCUACAUCAGGCUCCAGCUCAGAUUCCAAGAUUACAAGAGAAUCAUCUGCGUUUUCGAGAAGAGAAAUCACCAACGACGUGCCCAUUGUAAGCUCAGCUUAUUCAGAGGUCAAAGAGGCUCCAGCUUGGGUAAAAAAAGAUACUCCUGUAGAUAAAUACGACAAGUAUGGAUCCAGACCAGCUGUUUCCACAAGUUCUGGUCCUUCUCGUGUAAGCCGCCCAGAAUCAGAAUCUACAGAUAACAAAUAUUCCAAAUACAUAUCGAGAGCAGCAGAGCCUUCUACUCGUGUCAAAAGAAGCCGCGAAGAGUUUGAGAGAGAAGAGCCAGAUCCUAGAGAAUACGGAAAUUCAAGAAUAGAACAGGAAAAAGAUGAUGAUGGUGGAGCAGCCAUUCCAUAUUCAAAUUUGGAUGUUUCCAACCAGUCAUACGAUCAUAGAACUUUGCAAUCGAGAGAGUACUACACGUUCCAGAGUCAUAUCUCCAAUAAAGAAGAGAGGGACAUAAACAGUAUUGUUAGAACACACUACAACCAGAGAGCUGUACACUCCAAAAGGCAAGUCAGAAAGAACUCUCCUAUCAUCAAGAUGAGAAACUUCAACAAUGCCAUUAAAUACAUGCUCUUGGGUAACUAUUCUAAGAGAGAACAAGGUGUUGACCGUCCCUUCACCUUCUUAGACUUAUGUUGUGGAAAAGGAGGUGACUUGAAUAAGUGCCAGUUUUUGGAAAUCGACCAGUACAUUGGUAUAGAUAUUUCCGAUGUUUCGGUCAAAGAAGCUUUCCAGAGAUACUCACAAAAGAAGGUAAGAUUCAGGUCGGCGUACGGACAGAAACCCAGAAAAGAUGAAUUGAGGUACGAUUUCGAGGCUUGCUUUGCAACCGGAGAUUGUUUCUCCAAGACUAUACCAGAGUUGUUGGAGCCAAACUUUCCUGGGAUCAUCGACAAAACAUUCCCUGUGGAUACCGUCUCUAUUCAGUUCUCAUUGCAUUAUGCCUUUGAAACAGAAGACAAAGUUCGUACCAUCUUGACCAAUGUGUCCAGAUCAUUGAGACCGGGAGGUAAGUUUAUCGGCACGAUUCCGUCGUCCGACUUUAUCAGAAAAAAGAUAGUAACUAAGAACUAUUUACCUGACGACAGGGGUAAGAAGAAAUUUGGCAAUAGUCUCUAUUCAGUGACAUUUGAUAAGGAACCGCCUGAAGAUGGCGUAUUCAGACCUCCAUUCGGCAACAAAUACAACUAUAGUUUGAAAGAUGCCAUCGACGACGUUCCAGAAUACGUGGUCCCAUUUGAGACGCUACGUGCCAUGUGCGAAGAUGUUGGCAUGGAAUUGAAGCUCAAGAAGAAUUUCAUUGAUAUCUUUAAUCAAGAAAUUCCAAAGUAUUUCUCGAAACUCAGUAAGCACCUUAUAGAGGGAAUGAAACGAUCUGACGGGAAAUAUGGUGCGGAGGGCGAAGAGAAAGAGGCGGUAGGUUUCUACAUUGGGUUUGUCUUUGAAAAGUUAGGCAGCUAGCAUGUACGAAACAAUAGCUCUGUAUUGUAUAUGUAUCUGGUGUAAUUAUGCAGCUACACAACCUUAAGUUAUCCAACUACGGAGAACCGACGAGAAGGAGGAGACGUUCAACAUAAUACUACAGCUGAAAAAAAAACAUUGAUUUCGCAACUACAUGUAGCCUCUUACUAACUAAGUCUAGUUAUAGUAAAUAAUAUCAACACCGUCGUAGGU